AUGGCGGGACCUUUCCAUAAGGCACUGCCAACCAUCCCGAUGAUAUUCAUCGUGCACACCAACCGGAAGUUCAUGAGAGAGAAGCAUCAGCUCACAGAAGCUUUGGAGACGUUCCAACUGAAGAACGCAAAGUGUUCGCUGGAGUCUGACCGGGCGUUUGUAACAUCAGCUAUCAUUGCCUGGUAUGGAAGUGAGGAUGCCUUCACAGCUUAUGUCCGGGGCCCGGUACGUUUGGAGCUACAAGAAGCAGCACGGGCAGAUGUUCCUUUGAGCUAUGGACUGCUUGUGGCCGCAAGCCCUUGUACCCUGGCCUUGGAUGUGGCUGCGGCCAUGAUCCAGGGGGGAGCGCCCCUCGAUGCUCUGAUCUCUGAGUCCGUAGCCUCAGGACUUGGCUUUGCACUGAGCUCGAUCCUGCUGUCUGUGAAGAUCACAUGGUGGCUUUGCUAUCGCUUUGCCUCCCCCGGAUCGACGCGGCUCCUUGAUUACCUCAAGACCCUUACGGUUUUCUGUGUCUUUUGGAUUAUCUUUGGCAUCGGCUCUUUUCUCUCGAAUUACCUGGAAAAAACGACGCUGUGGGGAGCCAUGGCUUUUGGCAUAGUCAUGUUUUUUCUUACCGUCGUGGCCUAUGCUCCUCCAUGGCGGCCAUGA